AUGUCAUCCAACAGAAAUCCUUCCAACCACUUGGAUGGAACUAUAGAGAGACAACAACAUUCAGAAGCAACAGAUAAUAUUGUAUUGGUUGAUGAUGGUACAAUUCCAACAAUUCCUAUCAUAUCUCAUCAAAAUAUUUGUCCAAAACCUCCCUCUGUCUUUUCUCAAUCCUCCAAUUCAUCAUCUCAUAGCUUCGUAAAUACGUUUGGACAGAAAAUAAUUUCCCAAAUACAAGAGAAGGUUGUCUCUACACUGCUCGUAUUAGUCGAUUCUAAAAGCAAACAGGGAUGGAAAAGUAACCUACUGGUAUUGAGCUUGUAUAUUUAUGCUUGGAUUGGUUCUCUUGUGAUUGGACUUGAAGGAGAAUACAAUUAUGGGCUGUACGGUGCAUAUGUAUGGAGAGUAUUCAAUUAUUUGGUCAACUUUUCAAUGAAUGCCAUCCCAUAUGAAGCAGCCAUUGCAUUAUCUUCGAUAUGCAUCUUGUUGUCCCUUUCUGUAAUAUGUUUAUUUCUCUACACUUUGAGAGUUUAUCAUAAGGCAAAACCUUCCAUCAAGACUAUUCAGUCAUUGAUGAAGGUGUUGGGGAUUGUCAUUUAUUUUGGACAUUUAGUCAUGACUUAUUUGAUGACUUCCUUCAUUGAUUGCAAUUAUUCAAGUUCAGUCACUUUUGAUGGUUUCAGUGACCCUCAAAAAGUUUUGAAUCGAUUUCCCUCUUAUAUGUGCUUCUCUUCGAGUAAUAUUGCAUUGAUUGUUUUGAAUUUUUUGGGAAUUAUUUGUUUAAUUCUGAGCACUGUAUUGUGCAGUGUUGUGUUGGGAAAUACUCAUAUUCGAAGUGGGACUCCUUUUAUUGUUGACAAUUCAUUAUUUAUUGGAAGUGUUUUGGUCGUUUCAGAAAUUCAAAUCACAUUGAAUGCAAUCAUUCCAACUUCUCUCAUGUUUGUGAAGAGUAUUAUUCAUAUUCUCCUCUCAUUUACACUCUUUAUCAUGCUCUUGUAUUUACUUCCUUAUUACAGAAGGGUUGAGAAUUCACUGAUUGGCGGUUUAUGUUUGGGAAAGGCUUUCAUUUGUGUUUUUCCUUUAAUUUCAUUUCUUGUCAAUUCAAAGAAUGAAUGGGAAAUGGGUUUAGCGUUUGUAACAUCAUCCUUUGGAAUGUUUCUUAUUGGAUUCUUGAUUGGAUUUUUUAUUGUUGAAAUUUACACAAGAGUCGUUUACAAGGUGACAAGAUUAACAAUCAUGCAAGGUGUAGUUGAAUGUGCAGUUUUAAUUAUUGAUGAUUUUACACCUGAAGAACGAUUUCAAGCAAUCAAAAAUUUGUUUGAAAAGGAAGCCAUUGCUUUAUUUAAAGAAAUGGAAGAGAGAAAACAAAUUAGAAAUUUGGAACUAUUCCUUAAAUUUUGCAUGCUUUCAGGAAAUGCAGGAAGUGAAGAUACAUUCGGAUUUUCAGAUAAGGAUAUAGCUAUUUGUAUGAUCAAAUCAGUCUCUCAACACAAAAGAUUUCAACACAAAAAUCUUCUCGUUUCAUCUAGUUUAUUAUGUGCAUACUUUUGGGAUAUGGAUCGUCAGGUGACUUUCCAACAACCACGAAAAUCUUAUUGCAUUUCCUCUCUCGAAUAUUCUCAAACACUUUUGAAAAGAAUGAGGAAUGAAAAACUGUCCAUAUUCUUGAGUUUCAUGUUGAAUGAAAAACUAAAACAAGUUCAAGAUUCUAUUCGAAAAGAGAAAGGUGAUUCAAAAGAUUUUUCAGCUUUUGACAUGUCUGAAAUGUUGAAUCGUCUUGAAAGAGACACUCUCACCAUUGUUCAAUGUAGAAAAUUAGUUUGGAAAGAGCUAAUGAAUGAUAAUGUGAAUGAAAAGCGAGUGUUAGAAAUUAAUAGAGCUGCCUCCACUCUCAUCAUGGAAUGUGAAGAAACAUUUGAAAAUUCAACGAAACUCUUCUCUGAAGAUAAGAGUCUUCUGAGAUUGUAUGCCAAAUUUAAUGAAGAAGUUCUCUUCAACACUGAGAAAGCUUUCGAGCUCUAUCAAGAUGCUCAAAGUAUUGAAGAAGAAGACUCUAGGAAGGGACAUGAAAAACACACCAGUCAUAUGACAAACACUGCUGCAAGUGUGAGCUUUAUUUUUGGAUCGAAAAAUCGUGUGUUACCAUCUACAGCUUCCUUCAAACAGACAUCUCAAUAUAGAGGCUCAAUGAAUGUCAGAAAUUCCUUAUCCAAAACGAACUUGCAUUUGACAUCAAGUCUUAACGGACUACAAGGAAGCACCAAAGAAUUAGUUGAGGAUGAAUCCCAACUUGACAUUUCUGAAGCAGCGGACUCACCCGAAGUGAAAAAGGAAAUAAUUUACAAGAACUCCAUUGCUACAUCCGAGAACCAUUUUCUUUGGUAUGCCGCUAUCAUCUCAAUGAACGUCAUUGUUGGUGCUCUUUUCCUAACGAACGUAAUUUUGGCAUGCAAAGCAGUUAGUGCCUCAACAAAAGAUCUGAAUACGAUUGAACAUGCAUGUACUCCUUCUGCACGGUCUCUCACUGUCAUUUCAGAUUUGAGAGUGCACCAAAUAGUGUCUGCGUUAUUUGGCAACAAGUCGUUUUCAACAUCAUUGACAUCGGCUGGACUCCUCAAUAUGAGUGAUUUUGACAAGACGUUCUCUGAAAGACUAUCGAUAGCGCUAAAAGAUUUUUACAAGAUUCAGAAUUUGGCUCUUUCAGGUCGUUUAUCAGAUAAGAUUUACCAACAGUAUUCUGAAGAUUCACAUCUUGUUUAUUUUCCAGAAAUUCCACAUGGCAAUUUAUAUGGUCAAUAUCUCAACCCAAAACCAAGAAAUGUGAGCAUUUCCACUCUCACUAACUCUUUUUUGCAAUAUUCUGAGACAAUGAAAAGCUGGAAGGGGAAUGAUUUUAACAAGACGAUUCUUAAUGAUUUUAUUACCAUGUAUAUUUGGCACAAUAGAGACACACUCGCUCAAAAUUAUGAAACUUUUUGUGAAAACAUUUCAAGCGAGGUGUUCAGUAGUAUCACGCUUUUUAGAAAUGAUGUACUUUACUAUUGUAUCGCCUCUUUUAUAGUUUCCUUGAUGUUCUGUUUACUUACUGCUGGUAUUCAAAUGAUAUUUGCCAUGAAAAUACGAAAAGUGGUGAAACUGUUUGAAAAAUAUAUUCCAAAAGAAGCGAUAGGCAAAAUUUUCCAUGAAAUCAAAGUCAAUGAGGUAGAAACAAAAGCCACUAGUACAAUGUGGCACAACCCAAUUCUUAGAACCCUUACCUAUGUUGUAUUAUUUGGGGCGAUAUUCUUUCUCUUCUCUGCCCUUUUAUUAUAUUUUGCCUUGUCAUCUACGGACCAAUCACGAAGUAUUAUUGCAAAUAUUGAAUACUCAGUGAAGGUUGCAGCCUCUGCCCAGAUUACGACGAUGCACAUUGGUGAGAUUUUUGCGUUUGGAAUUUUACCCUAUGAUAAAUAUUACUUGAAUUCAGCAUUACUCUUCGAUCAACAUGGUGUGUUCGAAUACCAUGAAGGAAUUGAUCAAAUUACAAAAGAUUUAGAAAGAUAUUGGGAUAAGUUAGUAUUUGGUCAUGAUGACAUUCCUCCUCUCGUUGGAGAAUAUCCUGAAAUUGAUGCCAUCUUGAAAGGCAUUAAUUGUCAACAGAACAAUUCUUCUUCAAACUCAACCCAGUGUGAAAGUUUGAAUGAUUUGAUUCACAACUUUCUUUUGAAGGCCAUUGAGAUUAAUGAAAUUUAUGUCUCAGCAGGAAAAGAUCCAUAUGCAGUGUUUGACCAAUAUUUCACCUAUAUUUAUCAAGUAUGCCACAAAUUAGCUGACGGAAUGGUUAACUUUAUUCAAAUUUAUGUUGCUAGUGUUCAAAGAGAUGACAGUCAAACUUGGACAAUUUUAAUUGGGGUAACUGGACUUUUACUUCUUCCCCUCAUCGCCUAUUUAUCUAUCUCAAGUUUUGAAAAACAAUUUUCAGAAAUGCAUUGUUUGAGAAUGAUGUUAAAUUAUGUCAAAGUUGAAAAUAUUGAUGCAAAAGAACCACUCCGAAAUUAUAUUCUCUUCCAUCAAUUGAACUACUGGAAUCAAAAAAAGAAAAAACAAGGAACAAGUGAUGAAGACAAGGUUAGAAAUGUCCUCCAUGCGACAGUUGAUGGAGCCGUAUUGUGUAAUCAAGAAUUUGAAGUGGAUAUUUACAAUCCAUCAGCACAAAGAAUGUUUGGAAAGAAUAUGAAUGAAGUGGUGGGUCUUCCUCUCUGGAAUUUAUUUGGACAAGAGAAUAAGGAACGAAUUCAAACAUCGUUUCAACACAUGAAAACAGAUACAGAAAAUAUUGUAAAUGGUGAGACGUUGGAGAUUGAAUGUGUGAGAAAGAAUGGAACUCGAUUCCCAGCGAAAUUGAACAUUUCAUGGACCACUUUUGAUGGAAAGGCAGUCUUUUUGUGUUUCGUCAAAGAUAUUACAACAGAGAAGAAGCAAAAUUCUCUUCUAGCUGAAGAAAAGAAAACUUCAGAAAAUCUAUUGAGAAAUAUUUUACCUGAAUCAGUGGCGAAAAAAUUGAAAAAUGGAGAGACAUUUAUUGCAGAAAAACUUCCUGACAUUACUUGUUUCUUUUCUGAUAUGGUUGGAUUCACAAAACUUUCAAGCACCAUGAACGCACAUCAAGUAGUGAAAAUGUUGGGUGAAAUUGUGAAUGGAUUUGAUUCGUUGACUGACAAGUAUGAAUUAGAAAAAAUCAAAACCAUUGGAGAUGCAUAUUUCUGUGUUGGAGGAUUGCAUCAAGCAAGUGAUCAUCCAGAAAGAGUUUUGAGAUUCGCCAUGGAAACAUUCAGAGUGGUGAGAAAAUACAAUCAAAAAAUGAUUAUAGAAAAGUUCUCAACAGGAAAUGAUUCAACAACGCCUCCGCCAAAUAACUUGAACACAUUCAUGACACAAUCCAACAGUACAAACAAUUUACUCCCCUCCUCCUCAUCAAUAGUUUUUCUUAAUAUUGAUCAGAUUCAUCAGGUGGAUAUUAGAGUUGGAAUCAAUACCGGUGCUGUGGUUGCAGGGGUGAUUGGGACUAAAAAGUUUGCCUAUGAUUUGUGGGGAGACACUAUUAAUGUUGCUUCUAGAAUGGAAUCCACUUCAUUGUCUGGAAGAAUUCAAAUUUCUCGUUCCACUUAUGAACGAGUUCAUGAUCUGGAUUUGCAAUUUGAAGAACGAAAUAUCGAAGUGAAGGGAAAAGGCGUCAUGCAGUCGUACUUGUUGAGUGACAAGGCACAUGAGAGAGCUGUUUUAAGCACUGGAGAAAUUGAGGAAUUAAGAGACGUUGAAGCAGAAAAACUAGUUUCCACAUCAAAGAAAGUUUUAGUUCACGAACAAGUUGAUUCAAAGACCAGUCACGACCAUUUGCUCGUAAAAGAAGAAGAGGAUGAAGUAGUAAUGGAGUCCUACAAUCAACAGUAA